UCUCCCCCGGAAGUAGAAGCCGCCGCGGUCACGGCGAGCGGAAGCCGGAAAUGCAGCGAGACGGGGGGGCCAGAGGAGGAGGCGGAGACUCCCCCCCGGGAUCAGGAUAAAGGCUACAAAAUGACAGCUGUAACUUAGCCCAUGCUGGGCCAGGAUGGCACUGGGGGCAAGGCAGUGGAGAAGCAAAUGUCUGGAGGAGGAGGGAUGUGUGAAACCAAACCAGAUAGUUCCUGCUGCUGGAGUGGCGAGUUCUCAGAGGGCAGGGGUGCACCAGGUGCCAGCCCUGGUGUGGAUAACAGACCCUUGUUCUCAAGUUUUGGAGAUCCGGGAAGCACUGGGCCUAACGGCAGCCAGUUCUUCCAAGAAUGCUGCAGUCCUGAAGGCCCAGAGUGUACAUCUCCAAGCCAGAGCUGGUCGAAACAGCUCCACGGAGCCACCAAAGGCUUGGAACCGAUGGAGGCUCAUGGGCCAGCUGCUGCUGGGACUCCUAACGUACGUGAGACACUCCUAGCCGAACCAUCAGCCGAGAGGCUAGGGAAGGUGGAGGAGGCCGGCCAUUCUCCCCAUCAGGGCUUUCCAGAAGGCGGCGGGCAGAGGACUGCCUGCACCACAGGGGAGGGUGUUGGUUGGAAUGGAAGCUGUGACCGAGUACCGAUGGGGCUGCUUGAAGAGGAUGGCUUGCACUUUACUGAGUACAGUGCCCCUGGCUCCGGUCUGUCCAGUUCCUGUAGUUGUCAGGGCGAGAGUUUGGAUCCCUCCAGGACUUAUUUGGAAAAGGGGAACUGCUCGUGUAGCAUCACCUGCCAGCGCUGGGCUUCAGAGUUCCCUGGAGCUGAGGAUGAAGCCUUUGGUCCUGAUUCAGCGCCAUCACUGCAGGGCCAGGAGGAAGACGAGGAAGAUGACAGCGUGUCCAAGGCCAGCGAGGACCCUUUCGACUCUGGCAGGGUGCUCAGUGGCAGGAAGAAUGGGAGACGCCAGAGGCACCGCUCUAGCACGAAGGACGAGGAGGGGAAGGAGAAUGCCAAGCGGGAGGGUAGAUCUGCGCCGGCUGGCGGGAAGCACAAGCAGGCCAGGAAGAGGAGCCAUGCGGACCGGCAGCGCCACCUAAAAGCGGAGGUCCCCAAGCAGCUGGAAGAGCUGGCCUGGGUCUGCGUCUCCUGUUUCAAGAAGCUCAUCAAGCUGGUGCUGGUCAUCACCCAUGAGUGUGGCGAGUACGUGGAAGCUGGUGGGAGGGUCCUGUACUCCUGCUGCCAGCUCGACGCCUGGGACCUGGGCUCCGCCCAAGCCAGCAUGAGGACGUGGAGCCAGCGGGCCAAAAGCAGCUUGGGGAAGGCGGCCCGGUGGCUGGGUUCCUGGGGGAACUGGCUGUGGAGGCUGCUCAAGAUGCUGGGUGCCCUGCUCUUUCUGGUGCUCAUACUGCUCCUGGGCAGCCUGCGGCUUUGCUGGCGAGUCUCCAAGUCCCUGCUCCUUGCUGGGGCAGCUAAGCUGAGUAGAACCAGGAGCGUGGCCUGGCUCCUCUCGCUCCUGGACUCUCCCUUCCUCCGCAGAACAUGGGCUCUCUUCAGAGAAACCAGGACAUGCAAGUACGUGUCCCACUUGCUGCAAAAGUGGAGAGGGCUGCUUGGGGCAUCCAAAGGACUAAGGACCGAUGGACUGGGAGAGGCUGUGGCUGGCCCUGAUCCUGGCAUGGGGGGGCGCUACCAGCCCAGCGAGGAGGUGGCACGGCUGCUAGCCCUGGCCGACGUGCCUGAGGAAGAGCUGAACCCCUUUCAGGUGCUGGGGCUGGAGGUGACUGCUUCAGACACGGAGCUGAAGAAGGCCUAUCGUCAGCUGGCCGUGCUGGUUCAUCCUGACAAGAACAAGCAUCCGCGGGCGGAGGAAGCCUUCAAGGUGCUGCGAGCUGCCUGGGACAUCGUGAGCAACCCAGAGAAGAGGAAAGAGUACGAGAUCAAGCGGAUGGCGGAGAGCGAGCUGACCAGGUCCAUGACUGAGUUCCUCACCAAGCUGCGGGAAGACCUGAAGGAGGCCAUGAACACCAUGAUGUGCAGCAAGUGCCAGGGAAAGCACAAGAGGUUCGAGAUGGACCGAGAUCCGCUCAGCGCGCGCUACUGUGCGGAGUGUGGCAAGCUGCACCCUGCCAAGGAGGGAGACUUCUGGGCCGAAUCGAGCAUGCUGGGAUUGAAAAUCACCUACUUCGCCCUGAUGGAUGGGAAAGUCUAUGACAUCACAGAGUGGGCUGGCUGCCAACGGGUUGGGAUCUCUGCUGACACCCAUCGCGUCCCGUAUCACAUAUCGUUUCGCUCACAGAGCUCUGGCUCGGGAGGACGCCAGAGAACUGCCUCUGAAGGCAGCCCUGCCUCGGCUGCAGACCUGCAGGACUUCUUCAACUGCGUAUUUCAGGGGACCCCAGGGCAGAUGCCCAAUGGGGGCUUCUUCAUGCCACCCCAAGCCCCCCAGGCAGCAGCUCCUUCUGCUUCUGCUCCUGCCCCGAAGACAGAGAGUGCAGCCCCAAAAGGGGACUCGAAGCAGAAAAGGCGGAAGAAAGUUCGCCGUCCCUUCCAGCGCUGAGGAGCGGCGUGGUCCAUGGGGGCUGCUUUGAACUCAGCCUGGCAGGAGGCCGCAAGCAUUAACAGGAAAAGCUCCUGUGUACGUUCCAGCAGGCAGCUGAGCGUGUCCCAGGUGCGAGGUCGGACACUAAAAGGGCUCUUUACAAGAAGAAAAAUCUAUUUUUUUUUUCUUUAGAUAUUUAAAAGUAACCAGGCGUUCAGGGAAUUUCUGGCUGACGCCAUUAACUUCUAGUGUAAAGAACCAGACCCAGUAAUACCAAAGAACUCCAGCGAGGGGUGCCCUGCAGGAUCCCUAGAGACAUCAGCCCGUGUGUGUGGAAGGAUGGUCUCUCUGCUGGGGCGGGGUGGGGGAAGCUGGACAGAGCCAUGGAAUCUCUUCAGGGUUAAUUAAAAAUCAGGGAAUUGUUUCAUUUCUGUUAAGGCCACAUGUGAGAUAUAUAGGGAGGCAGCCAUGUCCCUUCCAUCCACCUGCCCCCUGCCUCUCAUGUGUGGCUCCCCUUCAUUCCCUGCCCAUUGAAGUCUGCGUCUCACAACCCUCCGACAGCUGGGAGGAGCUUAACCCGUCAGACACAGCGCGUGAGCAGCAUCCCUUAGAACUGAGUCGUGAUUUGGCCUCCUAAAGCUUCUGCAGCAGAGCGGAUUCUUGUCCCUGCAGCUCAUCACCCCAGAAGAGCCAUGCCAGGCAUUAAAGCCUGGUGCUGGAGGGCAGCUUGCUCAGCUCACAGCUGUCUGGAGAAGGCUCCUAGGGAGCAGCCCGGCCUUGGCCCUGGGAGCCAAGUCUAACUCUUGCAGUAUGUUCUCCAUACCUGCUGCUGGAGCCAGGGCAUCUGGCAGUGCUCUCAGCGGAGCGGGUGGGGAAGCCUGUUUCCCCAGAGAUGAAAUGAGGCAGGAGGCAGUGCUCCCUUCCCACUGCGCUGGUAGCACAGGCUGGCCCUUAGCUUCAUGCUUAUCCCUCAUCUGAUUUUUGUUGCUGAUUUUCCCCUCGGCCCUGCUUUCCUGCCCGCUGGGCUCUGCCACAGGCCUGAGGCCUGGGAGAGCGGGUCCUCAGUAGGUGUCUCUGGGAGCUCAGUUGAGAGAUGCUGUCUUCGAAUCUCCUGAUCUGUGCAGCCAGUAUUGAAUUUACCACUCGCACACACGGGACCAGACUUUCCAAGGGAGCAAAUCAAGUUUGUAAGCCCAGCCCCAAUCCAUCAAAAACCUGGUCUGCUUCUGCUGGGCCCUGCAAGCUCCUGUGCUCCCGGCAGUUAGACGGGUCUGGAACUGUCCAGCCUCUUCCUGAAGGAUUGGUCUUGGGUUUUAACAGCUGGUUCCUCUUUGUCCAUGUCUCUAGUAUGUGCAUAGCCCGUGUGAUAAAUAUAGCCCAGUCCCUGACAGCAGAGGGGGGAAUGCUCCCCCCCUUCCCGGGGCAGUGUCAGUCAGUUCCGUGUAUUACACCUCGGCUUUCGGUUGGCACUUUCUGUAACCUCCUUCAGUUUGCUCUGCUGGUCACUAACACACACCCAGCUCAGAGAGCUGCUGCUGAAUUACUUGGACCCCAGCUGGAGUAAAGCUGAUUUUUAAGUUGUGCCAGGAAAUAGCUCAUUUGACUUGUCAGGUUGUCUUUGACAUUCCACUGCUGAAUUUCCAAAAUGAAUGGGAUUUAGGGUAGGGCCUACACAAACAAUUGUGGGUGUGAGCAGAAAGCUGUGCUUUAGGAUUACACUCACCAGUGUAAUCCUCUCUUGAAUAAUUACCCAUCCGCCUGCAAACUCAACCCCAGUAGGUUUACGUUGGCGUAUUCUCUUCACACCCAGCUUGUGUAUAGACACCACACAGGUGUGGAAAAGGGAGGCCUGGCCGCUGCUAAAGCUGGAUUUUGGGCUGGUGGAAGAAAACUAGGACAGUA